AUGUUGAACACAGCAUCACGGCGCGCCUGCGCCUCCAUCCCCCGGCCCAAAAACUUACAAUGCCACCAAACCUUCUCAACACGCUCGACGUCUCACAGAUUCCGACCCUUGAACAGCACCGGAACCUUCCCUCCUAACAGACAUCCCCAAAACCCACUCCGCCUGUCCGGACACGGUCGCCCGCAAACCCGCCAUGUCAGCUUCGCCCACCGAAUGAAACACGGCUACCAAGAAGCCUCGAAGGGCAUCUGGCGCAAGAACCCGAUCCUCCUCCCGCUGGCCAUCAUCUCCGUAGUUGGAGCCAGCGCCAUAUUCGCCUACAUCUCGUACGUCGAGGUGACGCGCGUCGGGCCGCAGUAUCACAAAUUCCCGCCGCCGGUCGCCGAGGCGCUGCGCACGGCUGUGUACUACACCGAGAUCGACCUCAACCCGCCCAAGGCUCUGAAGGCGUACAAGGAGGCUUUGCGAAAUGCAGUUGAGCUCGGCAUGCAUCCGUUCUCGGACGAGAUGAUCGGGAUUCAUCUGCAGGUUGCGAUGAUGCUGGAGAAGGCCGGGCUGGCGAAGCCUGCCAUCCAGGUCUUGGAGCGCUCGAAGACGGAGUGUCUGAAGUGGGUGGAGGAAGGCAGGAUGAGGACGCAGGAUGCGCAGAAGGCCGAGACAGAGGCGGACAAGAAGCCGGAGAAGAUCCAGAUUGACGACUCGGAGGUGCUCGCCACGGAUGAGAAGAUGAAGGAGCUGGCGGAAUACGAGGAGCGCCAGCGCGACAAGGUGCUGAAGAAGGUGGUGGGCAUCAACAUGCGCCUCGCGGAACUCUACGCAAGUGACUACAUCCAGGACGAGAAGAAAGCCGAGGCGUGCCAGGAAGCCGCCGUCGAACUCUCCCUGAAGGAGCUCCAUCGUCGGCAGGCGUUGGGCCUGCCCGUCGGCACGGCCUCAACCGGAGACGACAGAAGCGCCUGGCUGAGCCUGACAGAGAUGGCAUCCUCGCUCUCGGAACUUGCCCACACUUAUCUGCAGCAAGGGAAGAACGAGCUGGCCCUGCCGCUCCUGCUGCGCGCUCUGGACAUGCUGCGCACAGACGAGGGCAAGAAUCCGACCUGCAAGCAGGUCACGCUCAUGGCCGACGUCGCCACCGCCAUCACCGGCGAGCUCCACAAGAACACGCCGUCCCCCGGCUCCGCGGCCGCGCCGCAGCAGCUCAUCGAUUCCGGCAAGCAGUGGGCGCAGAAGGCCCUGGACGUCGCCGCUAGACUGCAGCCUCCCGUCCGUGACGAGGAGUGUGACAUGUCCUGCGUUGCGGCCAUGCACAGCCUAGGGGAAAUCGCGCAUCUCCAGGGCAAGCGCAAGGAAGCCGAGAAAUAUUGGCUCGAGGCAAGGUCUCUUGCUAAGGGUCUAGGAUUCGACGAGGGUGUUGUGCUUGUGGAUGAGGCAUUGGCACAGUUGAAGAAAUAG